AUGUGCGGGGAGAGCGUCCCCCUGUGGUCGUUGGCUAAACCCGCUCGGAACGCCACAAAAAUCGGCAGGGCGGCCAGGCUCGCCGUCCCUGACCACCGUGGCGAAGCUCGGCGCUCCGUCCGGUUCUCUCUACGAGUUGGGUCAGAAAGGCCCGCCCUGCAAGGUUGGCGUGAAGUGGUUGGCGUGAAGUGCCCCGUGGGGGCAGAUACAGAGGGGAUUUUUCGACGAGCCGACAAGAAUGAUGAUGGGAAGCUGUCAUUUGAAGAGUUUAAGAAUUGUUGUGGUGACGGUAUCCUGAGUUCUGAAGAACUGUGGGAGGUAUUCAGCGGCAUUGACAGGCGUCAUUCAGAGAAUUUGGAGACUGAAAAGUUGUGUGAUUAUUUCUCAGAACAUCUUGGAGAAUACAAGCAUGUUCUGUCUGCUUUAGAACAGCUAAACAUUGCCGUCCUGUCAGCCAUGGAUAAAACCAAAAUGGAAUAUGAGAGCUCCUCUAAGAUGGAACAGUUUAUGACCCGCUUUCUGCUGCGAGAGACAAUGAACCAACUGCAGUCCUUGCACGUUUCACUGGAAUGCGCUGCAGACACCAUUGAAGAACAGGCUGGCCGGGAAAGGACUGAGGUGAACAAAUCAGAAGUGUCUGUUGGCCCACGCACUGUGAAAAGAUGUGGUCGUAGGGCUCAGAAGAACAUCUGCUUGUCUCCUACAGAUCCUUAUUCAGGGAUGCUGACUACAGGUGUUUGCGUGGAAGCUGACAGCCAAUGGACAACUGAGAUGAAUCGGCUACAACAGCUCAUUGAGAAGCUGGAAUGUCAGAGCCCAAGGCUGGAGCCUCUGAAAGAGGACAAUCUCUGCAAAGGAAGAGAUUCUCACAUCCUGGUGGCACAAAGGGAGAUCUCGGUGACAGAAAAUGGGUUAGAGGCGUUUCGCCAAGCUCUCCAGUCCUACACAGAAACCACGGCCGGACAGAGCAGCUGCCUACAUGUGUCUGCCCACAAACUGACAAGUGAGGCAUGCUUCAUCCUCUAUGAGUUCUGGCAAGAUGUGCCUUCGUGGAGAAGCCAUCUGCAAUCUAAUUGCUGCAAGAAGUUUCACCAGAUCCUCAUUGAUUUAUUGGAUACUCCAGAACUCUUGACCACCAUGUUGUUUCCAGCUUCCUGGUGGAUCAUGAACAACAACUGAUCCCCCCAUGGUAUUUCUACAAAGCAACCAGCAUGCUGAUGGAUCAAGUGUUCUCCUUAAAAGGCAGCCUCCCUUCCUGGGUUAUUCUUCUCCAUCCCAACUGCUUCCAUGCCUCUUUCCUCCUCUAUAUUCUUGUGCAGUGCUUGUAUCUUCCUUUCCUCAGCAGCUGUAGGAAUGGGAGAGCACUUCUGAAUGCACCCUGCCAUCAUUCCUGAAUGUCAUUGCACCCCUCUACUAUUUUGACAUAGAACUUUCACACAGAAUGAUGUCAUAG